AUGGGCGAAAUUAACCAAACGCAAACCGAAACGUCCCACGGGUUCCCGGCUUCUGGAUACAAGAACACGAUGCUCUCCUGGCAUCACCUCAUUGUCAAGGUGCGAAUGGAGCCCAUCAACAUCUACAUCAGCACUGACGGGCGCCAAGUGAGCGAAGAGAUUGGACGCAAGGUUGUUUCUAAAGCGCUUUGCAAGGAUUUGACCUUCUUAUAG